UGUCGCGGAUAAGCGUAAGGUUUUUGCGAGGAACUCGACCGUGCGAAGUGUCCUGCACGUUCUAGAGAGGGCAGAAACCCGCGAAUAAAGCUUUCUCUUAGCGGUAGCGAUUCGCUUUGCGUUAAUGCACUCGUUACAUUUCACGUUUUCUUUCCAAGCUUUCCACCAGUAAACGGGGAAUUAGUUCCUUGGCCAUUUAACACGUGGAAAGCUGAUCGAUUUUCUCGACUUUUUCGCCGCGAACGAUUAUCCGUCCAUUGCGCGUUAUGGAGGCACGAGGAAAAGAGUCGGCUCGAAUAAGAAUUAAUAACAGCGUCGAUAAAGCGGAGGUGAACACCAAUCGGUGAACGGUAUAUACCCCCGUUUUGGAGGUCGAGUCGUUAAGUCCCUCUCUCUCUUCGCUGGAUAACCAGGAGCGUUGCAACAGGUAGCACCACUGGGUACUUCAAAACCGGCGCAGAUAUAAAAUACCUCUAUCAAUUGAAAAGGAAUCCAUAACGUCGCAUCGAUUACCGAUACCACGUCUUCUUGACUCGUUCAAGGAAUUUUACAAGGACGCAUUUUCUUAGAACGCAUUUUAUCAUCCAGAAAGCAACUACUUCCCGGAGCGCAAGUCCAUGUUGUAAAUUAAAUUUCUGAUUGGACGAGGUAUGUACGCUGAGAAGAAGGUUUCAUCGAGCCAGAGGAAUAUUUCUUCGAAUAAGAAGGGGGUCGGGGCCUCGGGCCCGCGUCGAGGACGGCCCUGGUGCGGACUCACGGGCGAGGGCCUUUCGAGUCGACUCGCAUCCCAUACAGUCCGCGGCAAGGUGUGGUUCCUGUCGUCCAGGCUAGAGGGACAUGCUCGACCUGAAUCAACAAGUGUUCGCCAGCGGGACCGGAGAACGCUCGGCGUCGGUCGCUUGGAGCCGACUGUGACUAUCUAUUGACUUUUCCCGGCGCCUCGUGAAGCGAGUCGAGUCAGGUAGGGCCCGAGAGAAGAGAGGGAAGAAGAGAAGGGACGCGGUCGGUACUGUCGCGCGCUACGCUCGCCGGUAACGCAUCAAGCCAGGUGACUACUUCUGGUGUGCCGGGGAUUUCGGCAGAUAGGCGCGAGGUGGUAUCCACGUGAUUAUCGUGAAAGUGUUCAGCAAGUUCAGCGCACGUGGCCAACAUGAAGACCGAAAGACGGAUGAGGCCGAUAUUUUGGGCGCUUCUUCUGGCUGGUCUUUUAUGCACCGAGAUCGACAGUUUGCCAACCGGUGCACCGCAAAGUGCAUGCUUUUCUUUGGCUCCCAUCCAUCCCGGUAGCAGCGAGCAGCGAUCUCCUCCACCUUAUCAGGUCCUUCCGGCAGCAGGACAAGGAAGGGUUCGCCUGAUUUUGGGCAGUCCUCAAGGAUUAGCCUACGAGGGCUUCAUGAUCCUGGCGAGAGACAUCGAAACCGGAGAAUACGUCGGGGAAUUCGCGAAUCUGCCCGACUCCGCAAAAGCCUUGGAGUGCGUCGACGGGAUUAAGAACGCCGUGACUCACGUCAACAAGGACAAGAAGCAGAACCUUGAAUUCGAUUGGCAAGCACCUCCGGACUACGAGGGAACGAUUAUUUUCAACUCGACCUUUGCUCAGGAUUAUUCUACGUACUGGGUUGGCGUGGAGUCGCCGAGAAUUACGGUUUUAAAGCGGUCCAUCGACGUGCAGACAACCUCUCCAUUGACGACACUUAGGACUACGACUUCGCCAUUUUACAAUCCCACCACCACUUAUCAGGCGACCAACAAGGAGGAUCAAUUCUACAAUGGGUGCGGCACGACAAAGAAUUGUUUCGGUGCACCCAGUGGCUGUGUGGAAGAAAGGAACUGCAAAGCCGUCGUCUCGGUGUUGGUGCGAGGUGAACGGUACCUCUUCGAGCUGCAAGUCCGAGAGCGAGGAAGCAAAUACGUCGCGGUUGGCUUGUCCGACGACAGUAAAAUGGGUCAAGAUAGCGUGGUGGAGUGCGUGAACGACGACGGCAGGAUCGGCCUUUACAUGUCCUGGAACACGGGGAAGACCAACGCUCGUCAUCCCACGCCCGGAGGAGCCGUCCAGCUAGAGUCCAGCUCCGCCGAGGACGACGUCUUCUCCUGCAAGUUUUGGAGGGAAAAGACUACGGUCGUUCAAGGCCGCGAGUACGACCUCGUCAACCGACCUUACCACUUGCUGGUCGCAGCCGGGACUCAGCUGAAGAACAAUAACGUUGGGUUCCACGACAUCGUCUACCUCGGUUCAGCCGAGGCGAAGCUGCUGUCCGAUGUUGGUGGGUUCACAGCAUCCAGCAACGUCUUACUUAGGGUUCAUGGAGCUCUCAUGAUCGCAGCAUGGAUCGGGACUGCCUCCAUUGGGAUGCUCCUGGCUAGGUAUUACAAACAAACCUGGGUCAACUCGCAGUUGUGCGGAAAGGACCAAUGGUUUGCGUGGCACAGAUUCUUCAUGCUGCUCACGUGGUUGAUGACACUGGGGUCAUUCGUCGUGAUUUUCGUGGAAAUUGGGGAGUGGAGCUCGGACACUAUACACGCAUCUCUUGGCUUGGCCACGACGAUACUCUGUUUCAUUCAACCCUUUAUGGCAGCCCUCAGGCCACAUCCUGGAGCACCUAGGAGGCCACUUUUCAACUGGGCUCAUUGGUUCGUCGGCAACGCCGCUCAUAUUUGCGCAAUAAUCGCCAUGUUCUUCGCGGUACGACUCAAUAAGGCUCAAUUGCCCGAAUGGGUCGACUGGGUCUUGGUGGCCUACGUGGUUUUCCACGUUUUCACUCAUCUGUUCCUGACGUUCGCUGGCUGUGCGUCCGAUAGACAAGCAAAUCAGCGAGUCAACUCUUUCCCCAUGAAAGACAUGCACACUCGUAGCUCGAUGAUCCAUCCAGAUGCUCGACGAGAUGCUCCGCACGGAGGAUUGAGGAAGAUGGUCUUUGGAGUCUAUUUCCUCCUCAUUGCUGCUUUCGCAGCGGUGCUCGUGGUGAUCGUCGUCCUAGCACCCAUCGAGGAGACGUGGAACAACUUUAUGAAUUCGAGAGGAAAGAAGGACGAGUAAGGAGGGAAAAUCAUAUCCGGCAGCCGAUGAGUUUCUCCUGAGAGCUGGAUCGUUUUUGAAAACCGGCCAGCUGAUGCGUACAAUAUACGUAUUUCUAUACGUACUUCAGUCAUGCCUCGAAGACCCAACGAGAGACGUCGAACGAAGUGAACGGUCUUGGCAGGCUUUCGAAUUUCCGCAUCUCGAAGCGUGGACUGCCGAAUCUUACCUGAUCUUUGAAUUUUCGUAAAACGUAGGUUCGAACGAUUCGCUAUUAAGAAAAAUUGACAAUCAUUUCGAAUACCCGGUGCAAGGGGGAGCAGGUACUUCUUCGACGUCCUCGCUGAUCGGAACAAAUAUUUCGAAGGACAUGGACAAUGAACUUCCGAAUUUUCUAAUUCCUACCGUUAAAGUUUGAGAAUUAUUUAUAGCUCUUAUUCCCUGGUACCUGUGGGUAGUACUACCUACUGGUGUUCAGAAACUGGGAACAAUGCGAAAUUGCUGUAACAAAAAGUUAUAUUUAUACCCGGCCGAGUUGGGAUUAUUCUAACGAGAGUAACCCGAGGUCGAGUUUGCAAACACUUCUGGAUAGUCGGUAGGUUAGUCCAUCGUUUUCCGAGACCAGCCAUUUUAUGUUAAUCGGAGAGAAGGUGCUGAGAGAGUCGCGGUAGUGCUAACGUAAACGACAAGAUUCUGCUAUUUAUAAAUGUUACUUGCAGUAUUAGUUUAACAGUACUUAUUCACCGAUUCUUCGUCUUUUUUUACACGUACUUUUAUAUCGGAGUUACGGAGAAGAGUGCUCUCAAUCGAAGCGAGGAGAGACAAUCGCCGACUGUACCGACAAGGCUAUCAAACGUGAUCGACUCGAUUGUUAAUAAAUAUUCCGAAAUGUUUAACCAUCCGCCGUCCAUAACGUAAACGGUGCCUACACAGAAACUCGUAUACGACAUCCGAGGAACUGAAGAAAUUCCACGUUACCGGUUUAAAGAGAAAAGGGGACGCCUUGAUUGUUAAUAAAUAUUUAUACCGUA